AGAUUCAUUUUAAGUUGAACAAAUUAUUAGUGCGUUGUGGACGCGAUAGAUCUAUGUUUGGUGUCACGCCUUCUUUAGCAACAUCCACCAUGACUGGCCUGUUCGACGACCUUAUUUUGGGUCAGCCAUAUCUACUGGAAGAUCGCAUAAUGUUCGUUGAGUUUUUUCCGUGUGCAUUGCUUGCUCAACGUCAUGUAUGUCUUGUGGAGGGAUUUGGAAGAAUUACCCGAUGACUCAAUCGACGGAGGAACGCCGAAAAUGAAGUCUCGCUUUUUGUUGCAUGAUGACACAUUGGGAAUGAAAAUUACGACUGGCAGCGUAACAUUAGCGAAAGGGGAAGACAACCUGAUCGGCAUCAGCAUCGGAGGAGGAGCACCGUAUUGCCCUUGCUUGUAUGUCGUGCAAAUAUUCGAUAAUAGCCCUGCAUCCCGAGAUGGCACGUUGGAAGCAGGGGAUGAAAUUAUCGGGGUAGGAAAUCACUGCGUGAAAGGCAAAACCAAAGGCGAGGUUGCUAAAUUGAUUCAGGGUCAGAAGGAUCAAGUCAUGAUAAAAUAUAACAAGUUGCAUGCAGAUCCGAAGCAAGGGAAGUCCUUGGAUAUCGUUCUGAAGAAAGCCAAGCACAAAAUGGUGGAAAAUAUGAGCACGAGUGCUGCAGAUGCCCUCGGACUUAGCAGAGCAAUUCUCUGUAACGAUUCUCUCAUCAAGAAGCUGGACCAUUUGUCGAAGAUGGAAGAUUUUUAUCGUGGUCUGACAGCACUUUGUCAGAAGUUGAUGAAAGCCAUGUGUAACUUCGCCAGGGCACAGAGAAGCUUCGGCGAGGCUUUCUCGAGUAUUGGCGUCCGCGAACCUCAGCCAAGAGCUAGUGAAGUUUUCACCACGUUUGGAGAAUAUCACCGUUUGACGGAAAAAACUGCGUACUCCUUUCUACAGAGAGCUGGACCGGUUUGGGACCAGCUUGACACUUACCUGCGGAAAGCCAUUCCAGACACGAAAAUGACCAUAAGGAAAUACGCUGACGCGAAGUUUGAGUACCUUUCGUAUUGCCUGAAAGUAAAGGAAAUGGAUGACGAAGAAUACACUUUUGCAUCUCUUAAUGAACCUCUGUAUAGAGUGGAAACCGGAAACUACGAAUACAGGCUUAUUCUGAGAUGUCGGCAAGAGGCCCGGAAGGCAUUUGCUGCAUUGCGUGGCGACGUUGUGGUGAAAAUUGAUCUUUUGGACCAAAAGCACGAGCAGCACAUAACUACGCAGUAUACUGAUGAGAAGGACGACGACGAAGCCCUGAUUGAUUGCGAGAAAGAUGCUGCAUCUGCAUCCAAAACUGAUGAUUUAAUUUCUGUUUCGCUGUGUCCGGAAAUCGAUCCUGUUGAUGUUGGUGCGUCUGGCGACAAGUUAUUGGGAGCCGAUGGUCUUCUGGACUUUUGUGACCAGCAGUCGGAAGGCGCGAAGGUUAUGUUUCCAGAUGUCACAACUUGUCUUCAACUGGACAAAAUCGCGUUAGACAAGACGAGGAUGGUCGCUAGUGAUGACUUGGGAAGUAGUGCUGAUUUCUUGGUGAACUACGUCGUCGGAUACAGUUUGAAACGCGGCUUGGGCGUCGUUUUAGUGUCGUGGUCUGAGCCAUUUGCGCAUUACGCUGCUGUCGCUGCGCGAUGCGGUGUGGACCUGUCGGGUCCUUUGUCUCGUGUCGAAUUGGUGUUCUUCGACGCGCUUUGCUCUUUAUCCUGCGUCAAGAACCACGACGAAGACGUUUGUGUUGACAUGUUGCAAGAAAUCGUGAAAGCAGUGGAGGAGGUAAAGGCAAAAGUGAACAAUGGCGUUGUCCUUGUGUUGGACCAUGCCUCGAACUUGCUCGACGUCGGCGUACAACCCAAAACUUUGACGAAGUUCCUGUUCUCAUGCUUCGGCUUCGAUUGCGGGCUUCUCGUUGUGCUGAGGUCUUCCAACUCUUUGGAUGGACACAAGAAGGUUCUUGGGAUUUUAUCCCAUGCUGCAGACAUUGUGAUAAGCGUGUCCGCUUUGAAUAGUGGGAUGAGUCGAGACGUUUCCGGGGAACUUGUGGUGCAUUACGACUUGAAUCCGAAUAAUUACGCCGAGUCGGGGGAAAAAUUGCUAAAGCAGCUGAAUGUGACUCGGGAACGGUUUUUGUAUCGGUUGGAAAGUAGACAGGUUAAAAUGUCGAAACCUGGCUUGAGCUUUUUGAGACGAACAAUGGAACGCAAGUCAGCUCUUUUCGUAUGCCUCGGUAAUAUCUGUCGGUCUCCGAUUGCCGAAAGUGUGUUCAAAGAUAUUCUGGAGAAAAAGGGAGUUUUGAAUGAGUGGAAAAUCGACAGCGCUGCCACAGGACCGUGGCACAUCGGCAAAAGAUCCGAUCGAAGGGCAAUAAAGGUGCUGAGUGAAGCUGGUCUCGAUGAUACGCAUCGUGCGAGACUGCUCAGGAAAGAAGAUUUCGAGGAUUUUUACUACAUCUUCGGAAUGGACGACAGCAAUAUGGACGACAUUGCAUCUGAGUGUCCGAAAAAUUUCAAAGGCGUCAUGAAACUCCUGGGAGAGUACGACCCCGAAGCGAAAAGAAUCGUGCGAGAUCCCUACUACUUUGUACCCCUGGUGAUCGCGAUGGGAAUCAAAAACUUACUGGAGUUUCUUCAACCAGCCUGCACUCAAGAUCACAUCAAGUCGUUUGCGGGUCGUUCUGUUGCAGUGGACAUGUAUUGCUGGAUUCACAAGGGCAUCACUGCCUGUGCUGAAGACCUCAUCCUGGGUCGUCCCACAGACAUGUAUGUUCGAUACUGCGUCCGGUACUUGACGAUGUUGAAGAAUUUCGGCGUGGAUCCCAUAGCAGUUUUUGACGGCCGACACCUUCCUUCAAAGGCAGAAACGGAAAAGAAACGUCGCGGAGAUCGGAAUGAAGCGAGGAAGCGAGCAGCGGAUUGCUUGCGAGCAGGAAACGCGGCCGAUGCCCGGAAGUUUGCCCUGAGGGCCGCGGACGUCACGUCGGAAAUGGCGCAGAAAGUUAUAGACGCUGUUCGUGGCAUGAAAUUGCGUUACGUCGUUGCGCCGUACGAAGCAGAUGCUCAACUCGCUUUUCUCAUUUCCGCUGGGCUCGCGGAUGUGGUUCUUACCGAAGACUCGGAUCUCGUCGUUUUUGGGUGUGAAAGGGUGUUUUUCAAGUGCGACGCCGCGGGCAUGGGCCUUCUGUACGAACGUUCCCGGCUUCCGGCGUGCUUCAAGCAACGUGCGAAUAAUUUCACGUUUGAGAAGUUUCGACGCAUGUGCAUUCUUUCUGGCUGUGACUAUUUGGAAUCCUUGCGUGGGAUCGGGAUCAAAAAGGCCUUCAAUAUUUUUUCUCGAUCAAUGGCUUCUUCUGACGUUUGGUCGCAAAUGAAGCAAGUUUUGACGGUGGUCAAAAUUUCCGUGCCUGAUUUGCAGGAUUAUACCGAGAAAUUCCAAGAAGCAGAGAACACAUUCCUUUACCAGCUUGUGUUCGACCCGGAGACUCGAAAAUUGCGUCCACUAAUGGAUUACCCUGAUGGCAAAUGCUACGUGGAUUUUCCCUACGCUGGAGACUGGUUGGAUGAGAAGAAAGCCCUUCAGACUGCGUGUGGAAAUUACGAUCUGAAGACGGAUCACGUCGUUGCCAACAUCGAUACAGGAACUUGGUGGCGUUUCCGGGGUGACGUUAAACCGGUUGUUGUGGAGCGGAAAUCCGCGCCGAAACCCAACGUUUGUCUCGCUUCACGAACGAUCCCUGUGCAAGAGUCCAAACAACUGACGCUAAAAACGUUCUUUGCCCGUAAACGAGUUUCACCUGCUGCGAGUGCUGAAGAAGAUGAGCUGAAACGAUGGCUGACGAGAAAGCCGUCGUUGAAUUCGGAGGGAAAUGAUUCAGGCAUCGAAGUUUGGGGAAAAUCCGAAGUUGAAGAAAGUGGGAAGGCUGUGAAAAGUAAAUCCCCCCUGGCGGCUUUCAGUGCUCUGGAAAGGAUUUCAUAUAACGCCCGUUUUCGGCGUACUGAUAUGCAAUUUCAAGGCGAGAAGGUUGUCAGUGGAUAUUUUUCAAAUUCGUCUGAACCGAGUCCGAAAAAGGUUAAACUGGACCCGGAAACUCCAGAGCAAAAAUCAGUAGCUGGAAUCUCCCCACGACGGAAUCCAUUCGCUCUUGCAUCCAUUCAAAGUCCCGGAAAUGUUUCUACAAAGUCUGCAGAACUCUCCACUGCAACUCCGAAUUGUGAUUCUCCAGAAGUGGUUCCGGCUAGCCCAGGUGUUCGAAAUCCGUUUUCCACUGGAAGAAACUCUGUUUCGAGCUUUUCAACGAUGAGGAAAUCCACUGAUGGUGAUUUUGAGGCAUCGGGAACCCAAUGGACAGAUAAAGUUAAACUAGCAGAAACAGUGGAAAAUCUGUUGACCCCCAGCAAAUCCAAAUCAGCCCCUGGAGGGAGAAUCGGAGCAUUGGAUUUCAUUCUCGGUCCUUCUACGAGUAAAGCAACAAACAAAAUUGCCUCAGCUGAACUUGAAUCAUCUACACGUGAUGUAACCUUUUCUCGUCUGCCGGAAGUUUCUGGCAAUUCAGAAAAAGCUCCCUAUUCGAACGAAGGAGAGUCUCCGAGCAAGUUUGUGCCGAGUGGGUCUCCGAUUGUUUCAUUUCGACGGAGUGGGAACGAAAAAAUCAUCGCGAAAUCUCCUGUUUUGUCCGUUCGACGAAGAACUUUGCCUGUCCCGAAAAAAGAAAUCAAGGUCCAGGGAAGAUCGCUCAUCGAAGCUUUCGGAUUUUCGAGAACAGAUUUUUUGUGUGUGCGCUUGGUGUCAACAGCAGUCAUGCCUCCUACGGAAAAGGAUGUCUACGAUAACGACAAAGCGAAAUCGAUUCUGUUCAGCGCAACCAAAAAUGAGCUCGUUCAGUUGAACGAAGGGUUCAAAAGCUUUCAGCGGAAAUGGAAAAAUCGCUGGCGACUUGUGAGCGUCACGAGUGAAAUUAAACUGAGUUCAAUCGCCAGUUUUCAAGAUUUCUUGACUGCGGAAGCUCUGUCGCAUGCUGCAGUUUUCGUCAUCCCGGGGCCACAGGAUAAAUACACAGAGACGGAGUUUUCUGCUUUGAAGCAGUACGUGGAAAAUGGCGGGAGUUUGCUGAUUACAGUCUGCGAAGGAGGAGAGAAGAAAUUGAAGACGAACAUUAAUUUUUUUCUGGAAGAGUACGGGAUUUCAGUGAACAGCGAUGCUGUUGUUCGGACGCAUUUCCACAAGUACCAUCACCCGAAGGAAUGCUUGAUUGCGAACGGGGUCGUCAACAGAGCCGUCGCCCAGGCAGCUGGAAAGGACAUGGGCCCUGUAAUCAUUCAUGACGACGAAUUCGACAACCAGUGCAUGAGUUUCGUGUAUCCUUUUGGAGCCACUCUCAACGUCAUCUCUCCAGCUAUCCCUAUUCUGUCGACUGGAAGUGUUUCUUUCCCUUUGAAUCGACCCGUGUGCGCCAUCUACCAGAGCAAGAAGCCCGGCGGAGGAAAAAUAGCCGUCGUCGGCUCGACCGCCGUUUUCACAGAUGCAUACGUUGAGAAGGAAGAUAACGCGAAAAUCAGGGAUUUGUUGAUCACUUUCCUGACGUCUGAAGAGAUCAAUUUUUUGAACACUGACGCAGAAGAACCCGAGAUUUCGGACUAUAACCAAAUACCUGAUACCCAUAAAUUGGCGGAGAAACUGAGAACCUGUUUACAAGAGUCAGACGAUAUUCCAACGGAUUUCAUGCGUUUGUUCGACAACCAGAAUUUCUCUCUGGAUAUGAAAGUGUUGCCGAAGUCACUAAAAGCGUUUGAAACCCUGGGAGUCAAGCAUGAGCCACUGCGUCUCAUUACCCCGCAGUUUGAAAUGCCAUUGCCGCCACUUCAGCCGGCGAUUUUUCCGCCGUCGUUCCGUGAAUUGCCGAAUCCGCCAUUGGAAUUGUACGACUUGGACGAAGCGUUCAGCUCGGAAAAGGCACGCCUCGCACAAAUAACUAACAAAUGCUCUGAAGAAGAUCUGGAAUAUUACGUCAGGGAAUGUGGAGACAUUCUUGGUAUUACAGCCAAGUUACCUUUGAAAUCGCGGGACGCGAAGCACAUUUUGGAGUAUAUUUUCAUGCAGUUGGUGGAAUUUAAAAAGACGAACCAAAAUUUCGACGUCAUUGGUGGUGGCUACGACUAAGUCCUGCGAUUUUUAUUUUAUUUUUCUUCAGGGACAUUUUUGGACGCGAAACUGAUUUUGCUUUCGAGAAUUUGACAUCUCUCGUUUAAUCUGAUACUUUGAUUACCUGUGUCAUCAUCCUUCGUUCGAUAUCUCCGAGUUUUUACUCAGAAAUAUUUUAAUCCGGUAUUUUUUUAGCUGAACCAAUUUUCAUUAAGCCGUCCGAUGGAAGUGAUUCACAUGAAAAACUCUGAUCUCGAAGUGAUCUCAAUGUUUGUGAAGAUAGUCAAUAAAUAUUAGCACGAUGUCUAGUCAAAAGAAGAAAAA